CUCACUGGUUAGUCGUGUAUCGUUUUGACGACGGUCGUAAUAGUAUAAUACAGUAUAAAUACGAUUAUGUCAAAAGUCUUUUUAUUGACUUUCGCCGCAUACUUUCUGACGGCCUUGCACAAUGGCGGCAUAGGUUUGGCGACGCUUACCGGAGAAACAAAUCACGCCAAUACCAAUGGCGACGCUUACCGUUUACCGGACACCACWGAACCGGUAUCCUACGAACUGCGGAUAAAGCCCGACAUACAAAAUAACUYGUUUAGCGGUCAAGUCGACAUCGUUGUGAGGGCGAAACAAUACACGUCCGAGGUGAUCUUAAACUCAAAGGAUUUGAUCGUGUCGUCCGUGUCCUGGUUCCGGGACUUGAAGACAAACCGGAGCACGGCGAUAAAGGAUUACGUGUACGAACAGCCCAACGAACGGUUGGUCAUCAAACUAGAAAAAUUGAUUUUGCCACCGCGGCUCUAUAGGUUCACUGUCGUGUUCAGCGGUAUCGUUAGAGACGACUUCACUGGACUUCAUAAAUAUWACUACGACUCUGGCAAUAGCUCGAGGUGGAUAGCUCUGACUCAGUUCAAACCAAUAUACGCUAGACGAGCAUUUCCAUGUUAUGAUGAACCGAAGUUCAAAACUCCGUAUACGAUAUCGAUCUCCAGGCAAAACCAUCAUUCUACGUUGUCUAAUAUGCCACUUAAAUGCAGCGAAUUCAAUAGUAAAAAUGAUUGGGUUUGGGAUCACUUUGAAACUACAAAGCCAAUACCCACGUAUUUAGUAGCUUUUAUGGUGUCAGAUUUCGACAAAAACUCUAUAAACGGUGAUAAUAUCGCUAUGCAUACGCGCAAAGAGUACAUUGAAUACACCAAAUAUAUGAUGGGGAAAGCACCAAAAUUACUCAAAGGCGUGGAAAAGUUUACUCAAAUAUCGUACAUGUUACCAAAGUUGGAUUUAGUCGGCGUUCCUUUACUGAACGCCUACAGUAUGGAGAAUUGGGGACUAAAUUCUUACGAGGAAUUUUACGUGACUUUGUCGGACGAKUCACAAACAGAAGACAAAAUAGAGGGAUCCAUGGYCAUAUUGCAUGAGAUCCUACACCAGUGGUUCGGCAACAUGGUGACCACUUCUUGGUGGGACAACGAGUGGUUGAACUAUGGAAUUUGUAAUUACUUGAACUAUUACCUAACGAGUAUGAUCGAACCUGAAUGGGAUAUGGAGGAAUCAUUCGUAGAGAACGUUCACCAGUACGCGCUGUCCUGGGACGAGUAUAACGAUACGCACCCUUUGACGUUCGCAGURUCCACUCCCGAAGAAAUCGUAAAUGCUUUUGAUACCAUUGCAUCCGACAAGAGCGCGGCGCUUCUCAGGAUGUUGGAAUGUGUGGUGGGCGAGUAUUACUUCAGGAUUUCGGUCGACAAAUAUCUCAAUGAUUAUGCAUACACGGUAGCGGGACCGACAGACUUGUGGGAGACAUUCGAUUACGUGCUAUACGACGCCGACUACAAUAUCGACGAUGACGUCACGAUCUAUAAAUAUAUGGAUUUGUGGACGAACCAACCCGGGUACCCACUGAUAACAGUGACUUACGCGAGUGAUGGAUUUUUCAAAGCAUCGCAGAAACGUUUUUCUCUAUCGUAUCCGCCUCAAACGACCGACGACAUUAAAUGGUUUGUAGGCUUAACGUACACCACUGAGGCCGAAAUAGAUUUCGAAGAGGUCACGCCAAGCGUUUGGCUGAAACCGACCGACGAGCAAGCAAUAAUGCCAGUGCCCGAAGAUUCGGGAUGGAUAAUUGUCAACAUACAAUCGUCCGGGUUCUACAGGGUGAAUUACGACGAAAAAAAUUGGAAACUUCUUUUGAUCCAGUUGGUAACUAAUCCCGACCGGAUACACGUGCUCAACAGAGCUCAGAUCAUAGACGACGUGUUCCACCUGUGUCGAGCAGAGCUGGUGCCGUACAAUUAUUACACUUCGCUGCUCGAAUACCUGUUGAUGGAGGACCACGUGACACCUUGGAACACGGCGGUGACCGGAUUGUCGUCGAUCAUGGACGCCAUCCGUCGAUAUCCCACAGAAUAUACAAUGUUCCAAGAAUACACGAAAGGCUUGGCGGAUAUAUUGUACGAUAAAUUAUCAAAAAAUCAGAUCCAUAACAAUUCGACGAAAAUCGGUUGGAGCAAACUAUUGACGUGGACGUGUAACAUGGGUAACUCGCGUUGCACAAAAUCUGCAUUAACGCAUUUUAACGAAUGGAUGAACGGACACGAAAUACCGGUGGAAAUGGAAGAAGCUGCAUUGUGCAUGGGCAUGAAAAAAGACGAUCUCUUAACCAUGUCGAAAAUUCACAAACUCUACAAGACCACGAGAUCACCGUCACAAAAAAAAAUAAUUUUGAGAGCUUUGGCCUGCUCCAAAAAUGUCCGAACGUUGUUGAGUCACCUGGAUAUUAUGCAAUUAGACGUCGUGAAUCGCGGAAGCUUACAGAACUUCAAAACAAUUUGCGAGAACGUCGUAACCACACCGGAAGGUGUUACAGCGCUUAUYGGUUUCCUAUCAAGCAAACUGGACACUAUUCGAUGGACACCRAUAGGCGAUGACCUGAACAAGUACAUCGCCGUCAUGUACUCCACGUUAGCAACCAAAGUGGCGACGGACAACGAGAUCACUGUUAUGGACAAUAUAAGACGAUCUGUCAAAUCAGCCGACCUGAAAGCUGUGCUGGACAAAAUUUACCAGAAAAUCGAAUCGAAUUCGUUGUGGAUGGAACGAGAUCAUAAAAAAAUCAUGAAGGCAGUAAUUAAAAUGUGAAGAAAACACUGAAUUUUGGUUACAUUUACGUAUUAUAUUAUAAUCGUGUAUAAGUAUACCAUAUAUAUUUAUAUUAUUAAAAUACUUUUAUACAAAACUA